AUGUCGAACAAACUCGAGAACCCGCUCAAAGCAGAAAAUCUCCCCUCCAAAGAAGAACUGAAGGAGGAUGUCAAAGAGGCGACCAAGAAGUCAGCACAGUCGCUGCGCGCUCUCGUCGCAGGUGGCGUUGGCGGCGUCUUUGCCGUCGUCGUGGGGCACCCUUUCGACCUCGUGAAAGUGCGGUUACAAACCGCCGAGAAGGGCGUGUACAGCGGCGCAAUGGACGUAGUACGCAGAACGAUUGCGAAGGAAGGGCUCGCAAGGGGCUUGUAUGCGGGUGUGAGUGCGCCGCUCGUGGGCGUCACGCCGAUGUUCGCGGUAUCCUUCUGGGGCUACGACGUCGGAAAACAACUAGUCUCCAGCUUCUCGAAAGUCGAAAACGGACAGUACAGCGUCGCGCAAGUUUCGGCCGCCGGUUUCUUCUCUGCGAUCCCCAUGACGAUUAUCACCGCACCCUUCGAGCGCGUAAAAGUGCUGCUCCAAAUCCAGGGCCAGAAACAGCUUGCGCCUGGUGAGAAGCCAAAGUACAGCGGCGGUGUCGAUGUCGUGCGCCAGCUGUACAAGGAAGGCGGUAUCCGCUCGGUCUUUAGAGGAAGCGCGAUGACACUUGCGAGAGAUGGACCCGGGUCUGCGUGUUACUUCGCGACGUACGAGGUCGUGAAGAGGAAGUUGACGCCCAAGGAUCCGGUUACUGGACAGCCGGGGCAAUUGUCGCUUUCUGCGGUUAUGGUCGCGGGUGGUUCUGCGGGUAUCGCCAUGUGGAUCCCUGUCUUCCCUAUUGACACGAUCAAGUCGAGGCUGCAGAGCGCGGAGGGAAGGCCGACUAUUGGAGGUACGAUAAGAGGGAUUUACGCUGCUGGAGGGUACAAGGCUUUCUUCCCGGGCAUUGGACCUGCGAUGGCAAGAGCAGUGCCAGCGAAUGCGGCGACGUUCCUGGGUGUGGAGCUGGCGCAGAAGGCGAUGACGAAGAUGUUCGACAAGGAUGGAGAGUAA